AUGUCUACUAAUAGAAAGAGAUUGGAAAUUUACGAAUCGUUAAAACGGUCACAGAAGCAUUUUCAUGUCAAUGGAAAAAAAACAAAAAGAAACGUUGUGCCCAAGGGAAUGUAUAAUUUAUUGAUGUGGAUUAAACGUGAGUACAACAACCCCAAUGUAAUUGUUACCGAGAAUGGUGUUAGCGAUCGGGGAGGUUUGGAGGAUUAUGCUCGUGUUGAUUACUACAAUAUGUACUUGAGUGCUGUCUUAGAUGCCAUGGAAGAUGGUGCCAAUGUUGAGGGUUAUAUUGCUUGGAGUUUGAUGGACAGUUAUGAAUGGAAGGCUGGUUUUACCGAAAAAUUCGGUCUAUAUCAUGUAGACUUUACAGAUCCUCAGCGCAAACGUACACCUAAAAUCUCUGCCAGAGUAUUUUCUCACAUCUGUAAGACUCACACCAUCGAUUGGAACUAUCGUCCUUCAUUAGAUAAUGAACAAAUUCAUGCCAUGUCCAGAUUAUCAGAUUUGGAAACAAACUCAGGAAUAAAAACUAAUUAUGCUAAUCAAUUCCUAACCUGUACUUCAUUACUUUUAACAAUAAUUUUAGCUAAAAUUUGUAUUAUUUAAAUUUAAGUUUAUUAUUAAUUGUAUUUAAUUGUCAUUAAAUAUCUAACUGGCCUAACGACUAUCAGUUAGAUCUUUUAAACACUCGUUGCGUAAGAAUGACAAUGGAUGUGCCAGUGAGAUCACAUUAUCACUUUUUGUACACAAAAUAUAUCUCAUCUAGUCUCAUCCAUUGUCUUAUUGUUUCGACUUCAUAUCUUGUCUUGUUUUUACUCUAGUAGUUAUAAGCCGCCCAAAAAUAAUGUUGAAAAGACUUUUUUUUGUUUUUUAUCUUGUUUUUGUAUUAUUAUUUGUUUGUAUUAUAUAUGAAAUAAAAAACCUAAUAUAAAAUGUUAAUAAAGAAAAAAAUUAACAAUAAUAAUGAUAAAUAAAU